AUGAAAGUGAAAAUUCUGACAAGAAAUCCAGAUGACUAUUUAAGAGAAACGAAACGUGAUAUUCAUAAAGUACCAAGGAAUUAUGAUCCGGCAUUACAUCCUUUUGAAGCAGCAAGAGAGUAUACCAGAGCUCUAAAUGCAGUAAAGUUAGAAAGAGUAUUUGCAAAACCUUUUGUAGGAUGCUUAGAAGGACAUAAAGAUGGUGUGUCUUGCUUAUGUAAACAUCCUUCUCAGUUGUCUAUUCUACUUAGUGGGUCUUUUGAUGGAGAAAUAAGAGUAUGGGAUCUUAUAUAUAAAAUAUGUACACGCAACAUUUUGGCACAUGAUGGCAUAAUACGGGGAAUUGUAUUUAACCUAAGUGGUGAAAACUUUAUCUCUGUUGGUGAUGAUAAGACUAUUAAAACAUGGAAAUCAGAAAAAUCAUCAUUCAGUCAUCACGAAGAACCAAUAAAUACAGUUAUUAGUAAAACUAUAAUAAGUGGAAUCUCUCAUCACCGAACUCAGCCAAUAUUUGCAACAUGUGGCGAAGUAUGCCAUUUAUGGGAAGAAACAAGGAAUGAACCAAUUCAUACAUUUAAAUGGGGUGUUGAUAGUUUGCACGAUAUUAAAUAUAAUCCUGUGCAGUCCAAUUUAUUAGCUGCUUGUGCAAGUGACCGUAGUAUAAUUCUGUACGAUGCCAGAGAAACAGGACCAUUGCGAAAAGUGUUUAUGAGGUUUAGAACUAAUAAAUUGUCUUGGAACCCUAUGGAGGCUGUUACUUUUACAUGUGCUAAUGAAGAUUAUAACUUAUAUACUUAUGAUAUUCGUAAGUUGAAAACACCAGUAAAUGUGCAUAUGGACCAUGUAGAGGCUGUAAUUGAUGUAGAUUACUCGCCGACUGGUAAAGAAUUUGUGUCUGGUAGUUAUGAUAAAUCUAUUCGCAUUUUUGAAAUAACCAAAGGUCGUUCUCGAGAAGUUUACCAUACAAAACGCAUGCAAAGAUUAACAUGCAUGGCCUGGUCUCUUGAUAAUAAAUAUGUUAUUAGUGGUAGCGACGAAAUGAAUAUUCGUAUAUGGAAAGCAAAGGCAUCGGAAAAAUUGGGUGUGUUGAGACCUAGAGAAAAAGCAGCAUUAAAUUACAGUGAAGCUUUGAAAGAGAAGUUUUCUGCACAUCCCCAAGUUAAGCGAAUUUCUCGACAUAGACAGGUUCCACAACAUGUUUACAAUGCAAAGGCUGAAUUACGUACAAUUCGCGAGAAAAGUAAACGAAAGGAGGCUAAUAGACGAGCUCAUUCUAGAAGAGGUGCGGUACCUUUUGUUUCGGAAAGAAGCAAGAAUGUUGUUCAUCAAGAAGUAUAAUACACAAUUAUGUAUUGUAGUAUUAUACAUUUUUAUGCUGAUGCCCCUUGCGGACUACCGCCGCAUAUAUGCGUUCUGCGUAAGCCAUCAAUUUGGCCGAGGAACUCAUAUAUGCUUUUGACGAAAACAAUUGAUAGAACCGAAAGACUCAUAUGUGUGUCAUUUUAUUUAUCCUGUGGGGAAUCUGUGCAUAUACAUAUGUCUAGAAUUUAACAUCCAUGAACGAAAAGCACGCCUAAGCAGAAAUAUGCGUGGCAAUUUUAAAUGUUUAUCGCGACAGCAACUCGGCCCUACGGUACGGUUGACUUUGAACCGUCCCGUCCGCAAAGGGUUAAAAAUAAAGACAAAAUGGAGUUUACCACAUUGUAUUAUAAUUUGUAUAAUUUUACAAAAUUCAAUAUAAACGGUAAUUUACGUAAUGUUAUAAACAAGGUAUGUCAGCAUUUCAUCUAAAUGUAUAAAUUUAUUUAUUUUUUGGAUAUACCGAUCAUAGUAAAUUAUAACAUUUGAUGAACAUGAAAUAUCUGUUCAAGAUUAAUUUUAUACUGUUUAUGCAUAUUUGUUUAUCAAAACAAAACUUAUUUUUUUAUUUUAAAGCGAAUGUUAAAAUUUAUGAAUUUCUUGUUAUACGGGGUAAUUCUCUAGUUGAUUCAAAGGCGAUGCCACUAAUAAUACACACAUAGUUGUUUUUGCCCUAACACAGGACUGAUAUCAGAUUCUGAUGACACAUUAUUACUUGAUAUAUAUUAUAUAUAUAUAAACAGAGAGUUAUUACAUUUCCUUUGAGUUAACUAAUAAGAAAAUCAUCCUGUAUAUGCUACAUUCGUUUAAUACUAAUUUCCUAAAUUUCAAAAUAAAAAAUUACAUGAU